AUAGCAUCAACUUGUAACGAUCCUGGAACACCACAAAAUGGUACCAGAUACGGAGACAGCAGAGAGCCUGGGGAUACUACUACCUUUCAAUGUGACCCUGGUUAUCAGCUUCAAGGACAAGCUAAAAUUACAUGUGUGCAACUGAAUAACCGAUUCUUCUGGCAACCUGAUCCUCCUACAUGCAUAGCUGCAUGUGGAGGUAACCUGACAGGCCCAGCAGGAGUUAUUUUAUCACCUAACUAUCCACAACCAUAUCCUCCUGGGAAAGAAUGUGAUUGGAGAAUAAAAGUAAACCCUGACUUUGUCAUUGCUUUGAUAUUCAAAAGUUUCAAUAUGGAGCCCAGUUAUGAUUUUCUACAUAUUUAUGAAGGGGAAGAUUCCAACAGUCCUCUAAUUGGCAGUUUUCAAGGCUCACAGGCUCCUGAAAGAAUAGAGAGCAGUGGUAACAGUCUGUUUCUGGCUUUUCGCAGUGAUGCUUCUGUUGGAAUGUCAGGAUUUGCUAUUGAUUAUAAAGAAAAGCCACGGGAAGCUUGUUUUGAUCCUGGAAACAUCAUGAAUGGAACAAGAAUUGGAACAGACUUUAAGCUUGGUUCAACUAUUACUUACCAGUGUGACUCUGGAUAUAAAAUUAUUGAUCCUUCAACUAUUACAUGUGUAAUUGGUGCAGAUGGAAAGCCAGCAUGGAACAGAGCACUGCCAUCUUGUAAUGCACCAUGUGGAGGACAGUACACAGGAUCAGAGGGGGUUGUUCUAUCACCAAGUUAUCCUCAUAAUUAUACUGCUGGACAGACUUGCCAUUAUUCAAUAACAGUACCUAAAGAAUUUGUUGUGUUUGGACAAUUUGCCUAUUUCCAAACAGCUUUGAAUGAUGUGGCAGAAUUAUUUGACGGCGAUAACUCUCAAGCUAGACUUCUUAGUUCACUGUCUGGAUCCCAUUCAGGAGAGACAUUGCCUUUGGCAACAUCUAAUCAAAUUCUUUUGCGAUUCAGUGCUAAGAGUGGGGCAUCAGCAAGGGGGUUCCAUUUUGUUUACCAAGCUGUUCCACGCACAAGUGAUACACAGUGUAGCUCAGUUCCAGAGCCUAGGUAUGGAAGGAGAAUUGGCUCUGAGUUUUCAGCAGGCUCUGUUGUUCGUUUUGAAUGUAGUCCUGGCUAUCUGCUCCAAGGCUCAAAAGCUAUCCGAUGCCAUUCUGUACCUAAUGCAUUAGCUCAGUGGAAUGACACAGUACCAAGCUGUGUAGUGCCAUGUAGUGGGAAUUUUACUGAACGGAGAGGUACUAUUCUAUCACCCGGUUACCCUGAACCUUAUGGUAACAGCUUGAACUGUGUGUGGAAAAUCAUAGUGACUGAGGGAUCAGGUAUUCAGAUCCAAGUCAUCAGCUUUGCCACUGAACAUAACUGGGACUCUCUUGAAAUAUAUGAUGGUGGAGAUAUGACAGCACCACGUCUUGGGAGUUUUUCAGAAUACGAUCUAGAGCCAUGUGAUGAUCCUGGUGUUCCUGCCUUCAGCAGGCGAAUUGGCUUUCAGUUUGGUGUUGGAGACUCCUUGAUCUUUUCCUGUUUCCCUGGAUAUCGCUUGGAAGGUGCUAAUAAACUUACCUGCCUGGGCGGUGGUCGGCGUGUAUGGAGUGCACCUCUGCCAAGGUGUGUGGCUGAAUGUGGAGCAACUGUCUCUGGAAAUGAAGGAACAUUGUUGUCUCCAAAUUUUCCAUCUAACUAUGACAACAACCAUGAAUGUAUCUAUAAAAUUGAAACAGAGGCUGGAAAAGGGAUCCAUCUUAGAGCAAGGAGCUUUCAGCUGCAUGAGGGAGACAUUGUUAAGGUGUAUGAUGGAAAAGACAGUUCUUCUCGUUCUCUGGGAGCCUUCACCAAGAAUGAAAUGAUGGGAGUUAUUCUUAACAGCACUUCUAACCACCUGUGGAUAGAAUUUAAUACCAAUGGAUCUGAUACUGACCAAGGAUUUCAGCUCACUUAUACAAGUUUUGACCUCAUAAAGUGUGAAGAUCCCGGCAUACCAAAUUAUGGCUACAAGACCCGAGAUGAAGGACAUUUCAUAGACACUGUCAUUUUAUACAGCUGUAAUCCUGGCUAUACAAUGCAUGGCAGUAGCAUUAUGACUUGCUUAAGUGGAGAUAGGAGAGUAUGGGACAAACCUCUACCUACUUGCAUAGCUGAAUGUGGUGGUCGAAUUCAUGCUGCUACAUCGGGGCGCAUUUUGUCCCCAGGUUACCCAGCACCCUAUGACAAUAAUCUUCAUUGCACCUGGAUAAUCGAAGCAGAUCCAGGAAAGACAAUAAGUCUGCAUUUUAUUGUUUUUGACACUGAAGUUGCUCAUGACAUCCUGAAGGUAUGGGAUGGGCCCAUUGAGAGCAGUAUAUUACUUAAAGAAUGGAGCGGCUCAGCUCUUCCAGAGGAUAUUCACAGCACUUUCAACUCCCUGACAUUACAGUUUGACAGUGACUUCUUCAUCAGCAAAUCAGGCUUCUCCAUCCAGUUUUCAAGUAUGUAA